AUGGUUGCAUCAUAUUUACCCGAUGAGUGUUGGGAAUCUAUCUUCCAAUUCAUCAUUGAUGACGACGAUUACAACAGGUGCCACUCAUUGAAUUCUCUAUCCCUCGUCUCCAAACAGUUUCUCUUCAUUACCAACCGCUCCCGAUUCUCACUCUAUGUGUACGACGAUUCAAUACUCCCCCUCUUGAAUAGAUUUACCAACCUCAAGUCACUCCGCAUUGCACGCUACUACAAUGACCUAGACAACCUUCUCCUCAACAUAUCUUGUUUUCCAUUGAAACUCACAUCGCUCAGUUUCUCUCACCAACCCACCUUUCCCGCAAAAGGUAUGCGAGCUUUCUCCCAAAACAUUACAACUUUGACCUCUCUCACUUGUUCCGUCAUUGAUUCUCUUGAUAACUGUGAUUUGUUCCUCAUCGCGGAAUGUUUCCCUUUGCUUCAAGAACUUGACCUCAGCUAUCCCUUAAAUUGCCAAGAUAAUUACCCUGCCUGUCUCGAUGAUGGGGCAGAGGCCCUUUCACUUGCACUUAUCAAACUCCGCAAGGUUAAUCUUUCUGGAUUUAAUAUGAGCAACCAAUCGCUUUUCAACUUCUUAAACAAUUGUAAGCUUCUCGAAGAUUUUAUCAUGUUUAAAUACUCUUAUGAUAUAACCAACGCAGGAGUUGCUUCUGCUCUCCGUGAUAGACCUACUUUGAGGUCUUUAUCGAUUAGCUCUGUUAAUCCUUUACAUAAAGAAUCCAGAAAACUGUUUGCUACGGCACAUUUUAUUGACUCAUUGGUGAGUUUGAAGGGUUUGAAUUGUCUUGUUUUGGUGUGUUUGAGAAUCUCAGAUAACUUGCUCUACUCUAUUGCAAGGGAAGGUCUUCAUUUGACAAAGCUUGUCCUCACACGUUGCAGGUUUUAUAGUUAUGCCGGAAUCUUUUGUUUGUUAUCCAAGAGUCGACGUUUAAAACAUUUGGAUCUUCAAGAUGCUGAUUUUUUGAAUGAUCAUCAUGUUACCCAGUUGUCUUCGUUUCUUGGUGAUUUGUUGUCCAUAAACCUUAGUCAUUGUGAUGAGCUCACAAAAUCAUCCUUGUUUGCACUCUCUACGAACUGCCCUUCACUUAGAGAGAUCAAAAUGGAAAGGAUUGGGAGUAAGAGUGUAGAGAAUUUUGAUUCUUUGGGGGAGUUUGGUCAACACCCUCAAUUAAAGUCUCUUUAUUUGGGUUGUAAUUCAUGGUUAAGUGAUGAAAACAUUAUAAUGUUUUCUUCCAUUUUCCCUAAUUUGCAGCUGCUAGAUUUGAAACAUUGUGAUCGUAUAUCUGAAGGUAUUUGUCAAGUUUUAAGGAGAUGUUGUAAGAUUAGGCAUUUGGACUUAACCAUGUGUUCAAAUGUGAACCUACUUGGAAUGAACUUCUUAGUUCCCAAACUGGAGGUGUUGAAGUUGACAUAUGCAAAGGUUGACGAUAAAACGCUCUAUGUGAUCUCAAAGAAUUGUUGUGGGCUUUUGGAACUAUCAUUAGAGGAUUGUCAUGAUGUCACAGAGAAGGGAGUGAAACAUGUCAUAGAAAACUGCUCACAACUGAGAGAGAUUAAGCUGGAGAAUAUUCAACAGUGUUUAUCCUUGUUUUUCUCUUCAUCUUUUGACAACUUCUCUUCUUAUCUUUCUUGCCUGAACCAAGAAUAGUGCAUCGUCCUCGCUCUCACUUUCACUUUGCAUUAACUUCGCCACAACCUCCCUUUUUAUUUUCGAUUCGCGAAGGAACAAAUUGUUGCUCUAUUCAACCUCACUUUACAAUCAAUCGAGUGACAUUUAAAA